ACAUUGUGUAGAGGCCACUCCACUCAGCUACGGGUAUGUGCAUACAUUCAAUGCAAUCUGUAUCUAUCUAUCUAUGUGGCACUCAAUUUCUUGAUUUUUCUAUCUAAUGCUCAUAUGUUUCUUAUUUUUGCUAUGCAAUUCUUGUUUGAAUCAAUCUUAUUCAUCUCUUAUGUUUUGUAUUGCAUUUGAUGAUGUUUAAAUUGAAACCCUUAUUUGUAUUUUCAACUUUAGUUGUUAUUCUAGCUGUUUCAGUCACAAUCUUUAAUACAGAUCAUUAUAAAGUAGUUAAUUUUAGAUUAGGCCUUUCAAGAAACUACCCUUUGUUGAAAUACUUGGAGGGGUUGUUUCGAAAAACCCGAAAAGAUAAUGAAAUUUUGGGGACGCCCGGAAGCCCUUAUUGUGUUCGAUGGCUAGCUCCGAUUCUUUCGGGUGGGGGGUAUAGCACAGAAGCUUGGUCUUAUAUAUUAGCGUUAGGGGGUUUGGAUGAGAAUGUUAAAAUGAGCAUUGAGCAACAUGGGGAUUUGCUAAAUAUGGAGUUUUGGGAGGGUUUGCCGGAGGAGAUGAGGAAGUUGGCGGUGGAGCUUCAUCAGACGAAAUGUAGGUUGAAUGAGACGAUUAUUGUGUGUCAUAGUGAGCCAGGUGCUUGGUAUCCUCCGUUGUUCGAGACUUUACCGUGUCCGGAAAUAGGGUAUGGGAAAUAUAGGAUUGUGAUUGGACGGACUAUGUUUGAGACUGAUAGGGUAAAUGCUCACCAUGUGGAGAGGUGUAAUCGGAUGGAUUAUGUUUGGGUUCCUACUGAUUUUCAUGUAACUACGUUUGUACAAAGUGGGGUUGAUCCGUCCAAGGUUGUGAAAAUUGUUCAACCAGUUGAUUGGAAGUUCUUUGAUCCGGUCAAGUAUAAGCCGUUUAACCUUCCCUCCAAAGGUACUCUGGUCUUAGGGUCAAGGCCAGCGAAGAAGUCGGACAAUCAUUUUGUGUUCUUGAGUGUUUUCAAGUGGGAGUAUAGGAAGGGUUGGGAUGUUUUGUUGCGGUCAUACUUAAAGGAAUUUUCUGAAGCUGACGGGGUUUCCCUUUAUUUGCUAACGAAUCCCUACUACACUGAAAGUGAUUUUGGUAAUAAAAUUUUGGAGUUCGUUGCGGGCUCUGAUUUGAAAAGACCGGCUCAUGGGUGGGCUCCAGUUUAUGUAAUUGAUAGCCACAUAGCUCAAAUCGAUUUUCCCAGAAUAUAUAAAGCUGCUGAUGCAUUUGUUUUACCAUCCAGAGGGGAAGGAUGGGGCCGGCCAAUUGUGGAAGCCAUGGCAAUGUCUUUGCCAGUAAUCAUAACAAACUGGUCUGGACCAACAGAGUACAUGACAAAAGAGAAUAGCUAUCCAUUGCCCGUAGAGAGAAUGAGUGAUGUUAUGGAAGGACCAUUCCAAGGGCAUCUUUGGGCCGAGCCUUCUGCUGAUAAAUUACAGAAUCUAAUGAGACAUGUGAUGAGUAAUCCUGAGGAAGCAAAGGCUAAAGGUCGUCAAGCUAGAGAGGAUAUGAUUAACAGAUACUCUCCAGAGAUCGUUGCAGGCAUUGUGAGAGACCAUUUGCAACAAAUUUUUGAAAAGACGUUAUGAGAUACUUGUUAGCUGGUUAGUUUUAGUUUUAUGUCACGACAUUAUGUUCAUGUUCGAGUUUGUCCCAGAUUAGUAAAGGAAAUAUAAAGCUCCUGCUUUUCCAUUAUAUUAAUGAGAAUUACAUUUAAGUUGUUAUUAUA